CCUAAACGAAUUGGUCAGGUUUACGCUAUUGGUUCAAAUGAUAUGUCUCAAUGUGGUGGUAUAAAAGAAUCAGAAAUAAAAAAAUUAAGUAUUAUUCCUUUGGAAAAAUUCAACAUAGUUGAUAUAAGCGCAGGAGCUCUUCAUAGUGCUGCGCUUACUUCUGAUGGCAAAGUUGUAACGUGGGGAUGUAAUGAUCAUGAAGGAAAUUAUAACAUAUAUGAGGAAAAUGAACCCGCAUAUGCUGAAGGUCUUGAUAAUAUCAAUAUUGUAAAAGUAAUUUGUGGAGAUAAUAUUACCUUUGCUAUAUCUGAUCAAGGUCAUUUAUAUGCGACGGGUGUUUUUAAGGGUAAAGAUGGAAUUAUUGGAUUUUCCCAAAAUAAUAAAAUCGAACAACCAAUAUUUACACGGUAUACUCCUUUGGAACAUUUAUCAAUAGUUGACAUAGUAACAGGUGCAAAUCAUGCUUUAGCACUUACCAGGGAAGGAGAUGUAUAUGCAUGGGGAAGUAAUGAAGGUCGUAGUCUUGGAUUAAAGGAAUGCGAAUUGCUCGUGCCAUUCAACCUAGGAUUAAAACAUAUUGUUCAAUUAUAUGCUGGUGCGUAUCAUAACUUUGCGAUUGAUGAUAAUAAUAAUGUAUGGGUCUUUGGCCUCAACAAUAUGGGACAAUGUGGUCUUGAAGAGUCAAAAAAAUAUAUUACUCCUAAAAAGCAUUCAUUUUUUAAUGAAGUUGACCAAAAUGUUGAUGAAAUUGCUGCUGGUCAACAUCAUACACUUGUUCGUAUGCAUGAUGGACAAGUUUUUAGUUUUGGACGUUCUGAUAGUGGACAACUUGGUUUGGGUAAUAAUGUUAUUACUGAUAAAAGAAUAGUGACUCCAACUGUUAUUCCGAAUCUUACUUCAAUAAAAUUUAUUGGAGCUAGAGAACAUUACUCAAUAGCUAUUGAUACAGUUAACAAAAUUUAUGCAUGGGGGUUU